AUGGCGAUUCACCCUAGUUUCCCAUCGCAAGACGGGCCAUUGUCCUCUCAGCAGGCCCGCGCGAUCUCGGCUUGGACCGAACAGGCUGCGGCUUCCUUGGAGAACCUUACAAUUACCGAGUCGGCUCCCACGAGCACUACCUUGCGGGGUGCGACUGUCUCGCUCUCGAUUCCCCUAGAUGACCCUGUCCCAGCCGCAGAUGGUACCGCGCCCAGAAUCAAGACCUUGUGUCAAAGCACAGCAGAGAAAGUCCAAAAGGUGCCGGCGGUCACCUUCCGACGCCGAGAACCGCUCCGCCGUGAUAGCCUGAAGAGACGGGAGGCGUUGCUCAAGGGUAAAGACGGCAGUCGCCGGAGGCAGCGCUGGGAGAAUGACCGUCUCCUCCAUAAUCCUUGGGCUGAGAUGCCGUCUCCCAAGGAUUGGAUGCCGCAGCCCACGCAUACUCGCCACGAACCGAUGCCGUAUUUUCUAGCGCCGUUAUGGGACAGCCACUACGCACAUAUCGAGCGACCCGCGCCAGCCAAGCCCAGGCACCACAUCCCGAAGGAACUCCGUCAUAAGCUGAAACAUGCUCGGGCGGCCCGCGGUAUGUUGCAGGAUCUGGAAGAGGAUGUUCGGCAGUAUAUCAAACAGUGGCAGCUAGUGCGGAAGAAGGACGGGCUCGCGGACGCGUCGUCAUCGUCUGAUGAAGACUCCGAAGACGAGGUCGUGUUUGUCGGCCGGAACGGACAGAAGCUGCAAAAUAUGCGCGAGCCGCCGAGCUCGCAUAAUCAGUGCCAGGGAGAAAAGAUGGUGUUUGAAAGCUCCAUCGAUGACCCUACUGCUGGCUUUGGUCGGUGGCUUGUCCACUCAAUAGCUUCCUAUUAUGGUCUCCAUACAUGGUCCGUGACCAUUGUCGGAACCGCUCGACGGGAGGCCUAUGUUGGCUUCUACCCACCGUCUCCACGCGCGGACUUGCUCUCCCAUUCUCCCUCAAGCUGCCGUGGCGAAGUCUCAUUCCAGCCUGGCGAAAAACUUCCCCAACCUUUGUGGAAACAGGUCUGA